AACCGGUUUCAGAAUCAGAAUUAAGCGCGAUACUCAAGAUCGCUUGAUACUAGUAGGCACUUAGAUGGCCGGAGUUGGAAAGCCACUUCGUGACUGGAGCUCGCUUGGAAUGGUGCGAUCAAGUUGGUCGAAAGUGAGAGUACUCCCGGUGCUGUGGUUCCUGUUCCAGGGGAUUUCCAUGCCCCUGCUGGCCAUUCGCCUUCAGCCCUGCGAACUUGCGGGCCAGCUCUACAUAUUAGAUGUCCCCAAAUCGGAGUUGCCCCUGUGGCUUUGCAUUGCCGAGUUUGAGAGCCGCUUCAACACCCAUGUCGUGGGACAGGCCAAUGCGGAUGGGUCGCGGGAUUAUGGCCUCUUCCAGAUCAGCGAUCGCUACUGGUGUGCACCGCCAAAUCAAACGGAAUACUACGCAUUCAACGAUUGCAACGUGAAUUGCACCCACCUACUGAGCGACGACAUCACCAUGGCCGUCCGUUGCGCCAAGCUUAUCCAGAAACAACAGGGCUGGACGGCCUGGUCUGUCUACCCGGAGUUCUGCAAUGGCACUCUGGAUGCCAUCGAUGAAUGCUUUCAGCCGGGCAACGCCACAGAUUGUUCGACCAGCGAGAUGGAAGAGGUCAAAGAUUGUUAGAGAUAGUCUGGCCAUUAUGUCAUC